AUGCCUCUCCUGAUCUUCAGGCUCGUUGUUCUUGCGCUCUUCGGCUCCGCAGUUGUGGCUGGGUUAUCGCUGAAUGUCACCAUUGACGAUACUUUCGGGGAUCCGGUUACGGGGACACAAUUCGUGUACUCUCCUGCUGAUAAUUGGCAAAGCUCAUCAAACUGCUCAGAAUGUGCUUCGACUUUCGCCAUGGCCAUGGUAUACGAUCGCACUUGGACGCUCUCGACGCAUCCAGGGAAUGCAACAAUAUCCUUCUACGGCUCCGCGGUUUACGUGUAUUGCAUUGUCUCUGACCACGCAGCGAUGGCAUUCCUGAUCGACGAUAAAGUGGACGGCUAUUACAUCCAGACCUCUUCACCCAAUAGUACUGUGGAUUAUAACUACCCUGUAUACACGAGCGGAGACUUGCCGAUGGGACAACAUGAGCUCACUAUAAUGAACGGUGUAGUCAACUUUUCCAGCUUGGCAAUCCUGGAUUAUAUAGUCUACACGUGA